AUGAUGACUGCUGACCGCAUCAAUGGCUGGCUUGUCGCGAUUCUGACGCUCGGCAUCGUUGUGCUCUCAUUCAGUGCCUGCUGUAGCCGCCAUGUCGCCAAAUAUUUUGUGGAUCCGAGAAGAGGCCUUCACAAGUACAUUCUGCUGACUUUGAUUUGCCUCUUCAUCCCGGGCCCUUACUUUCAUGACGGUUUGCUUCAAAGCUUUAAGCUCAGCAUUUGUGACACCAUGCAGCUCUCCAAUGCAGAGUUUGCUUCGCUCUUUGUGGUCAGCUCCUUCACAGGGAUCCUGUGCGCUCCGGGUUCCUUGCUGAUCUCCCGCUUUGGUCGCACGAGAACGGCCAUUACGGCCAGUUUUCUUGCAGCGAUAGGAUCAAGUGUAACCACCCUGGGAUUUGUGUGGAAGAGUCUCGCGGCCAUGUGGCUUGGGCGCCUUCUGUUCUGGCUUGGCUUGAACGUGCUGCUGAUGGUGCAGACGAUUUUGGUCUACGAUCUCUUCAAAGGAAGAGGACUGAGCUGUGCAAUGACCACUAUCGUAUGUUCAAUAAGACUUGGAGGCAGCAUGUCAUAUCCACUUUCAGGGCCAAUGCUUCAUCAAAUUGGAGUUGUGAACUCCCUUUGGUUCUCAGUUGCUCUGGUGGUAGGAGCAUUUAUCUCGACCCUGCUUUUUGGCUAUCUUUUUCGAGGGACAGCGACUGCACGCGCUGUUCGUCCGAUGCUGGAACGAAGGGCGCCACCAUCGAGCAUAGAGUUUGCUUUAGUUAGACAGAUACACAAGAUUGUCAUAGUCUUCUUGUCAGGCAUAGCAGCCAUUUGGGGUGUUGUAUUUCCCUUUGAAGUGAUUGGCGAUGACAUGCUACAGAGGGAGUUUGGCUACUCUGCAGACAAUGCUGGAUUCAUAAUAGCUGCGGCUCCAAUGGUUUCCAUCUUGAGCCCAGCGCUUGUCCCGUUUCUCGGGUCUACACUACACCAAAAGUUACGAGCCUUUAGACUUGGCCUUCUAACUUUGAUGCUGGCUUUCCUGAUGAUUGGAGCGUUUCAACUGGCCAUUUUCGGUGUGGUACUGGUGGGCUGUGGAUAUGCUGUAGCAGUGAGUGCCUCUUACAGCUGCUUGCCACUGGUAAUUGCUGCCUCAGCGCCUCAAGACACGAAGAACCACAAGAAGUUUGAGAAACUAGCUGUGGGCUUGAACAUGGCUGGUUCUGGCUUCAGCAUGAUCGUCUCCAAUCUCACGAUUGGAGUCAUUAAGGACAAUGCUUCGUAUAGAUGGGCCUGUCUUUUCUUGGCUUGCGUGGCAGCUUGCGGUGUUGUCAGUGUCAGCUGGGUACGGUGCCGCUGUCCUGAGCCGUGCAUUCCGUCAGAGCCAUCCAGAGAGAUGGAGGAGGCACAAAGCACUGAGACAGAGACGCCCAAUUUGCACAUCUCUCGUUCUGGUGGUGCCCUGGAGAUUGAAGACGAGUACUAUCAGGCAGCUGCUUGA